UAACUUCUGUUAUGUAACGUUUGUAACAAUUCCCAGGUCGUUCAUACUAGUGAAUUAGUUAUUUUGAUCUUUAGAGCCUUUUCAUAUAAACUCAAAAAUUGUCUUUGUUUAACCCACUCGCAGUUUAACCUAUCAUAUAUUCUUUUCUAAGAUCCCGUGUAUUGUCUAACACAUGGUUUAUUGAGAGGUGGAUUCACAUUCACAAGCAGUGAAACUACAAGUCCAGAGUUUCUUGGAUUGCUUGCUGUUAUUUAGUUUACUAAGUCUCAUAUGAGUCAGGAUAUCUGACACAGGCCCGCUGCUAAGUAGUAACGGUAGCCCAAAGUGUAGAGUUACCGACCCGUUGCUACAGCAGUGCUGCUUAGCAACACCCGAUAACAUUGAAGAUGAGUUGAGAUCAGGUUAGACAAGAGACUCAGACAUGCUUUUGCUCUUGCGUCACGAGAGAGCAGCCAUUUGGCAAUUCCAGCACCCUGGACAGCGACUGGCAACAGUGAACGGCUCCUGUCAAAUUUAAAGGCAUUGUUGUUUGUUUGUUCUGAGACAUCUUGGCUGGUUUGAAGAGACAAAUAUGGAUAGAUGCUUCACAAACACUGAGGAAUCUAAGGAUAAGUCUGUAACCUUGAAAGACAGCAUUUAGAGGAAUGUUCAGGAAGAUUAAUAAUGUGUUCCGUCCCAACCAUCACGGACACAGAGGGCUGGAUGGUGCUGGUGGUGGUGGUGGAGGGUUUCGGUCCGAGCAGGACUACCACAAAGCCUGCACUGUCAGGCUCGUCCGCAGCACCUCCAUGCUCGUGGUGGGAGAGAAAACUCAGGCAGCCGUGGGCUCAACUUUGAAACGGAGCAAAAGUACAGUGAGCAUUGAGUCGACCUUUUACUAUUAUCAGAGACAAGAGGACAGGAUUUGGCUUUACUCGCAGAAUCAGAACUGCCUGGAGUACCUGGAAGCACUUGUGGCUUUGAGACGGCAAUACACAAAGAGUGUAAUUGACUUGAAAAGUAAUGACUCCAAGGCCACAGUGUCCUCCAAGAAGAAGCCUGCACCCCCGCGGCCUACGAAGGAAGAACUGAUAUCAAGAGCCAAACCCUCUGCCCCUCCAGUCCCCAACGAGGAGGACACUUUGCAGUUCUUUGAUGCAGUCAUCGCAGACUGCGACAGUGAACCUCUGCGCAAACAGUAUAUGGAUGAUGGAAACGCAGAUGUGGACUUCAUAGUGGCUUCCAGCUCGGCCGAACACGACCUCCACUCUAACUGGGUCUUGCGGGUUCCUCGGGUCGCAGAUGACUCCAAGCCGAAAGCAGUUUAUGAGUGUGCCAAUGAAAGCGCCCCAAAGAAGAAAAACCAGAGCGGGUCCACGAGCAGCAGACUGCGGCUGCAGAGGAACCCGAUCCAUCUGCCCAAAGUGGUGGAGAGCGCAUUCCAGACUCUGCGCUUCAAGCCCAAAUUAAAAAAGCAGUGAAGCUUGAUAAGACAUUUGAAACCACCAGCACUGCCACUCUGCUGCCAUACACCAUGCUCUGCUAAAACUCCAUCCGGACAAUUAAUACUUACAUAAAAUAUUUACAAGGAAUUUUAAUAAAGCAAAUGUAAAACAAUGAAUAAAAAAACCUGUCUAGUCGAUGACGUCGUUAAUUGCUCUUUUUUCACAGCAGACAUUUUGACUUAGUUAGAAAGCCACAAGUGUUAAUUAUAUUAACAAUGUCUCCAUCUUUUCAAGUGUCCCAGUAAGUCAUGACAGCGUGACAAAAAACCAGCAUGCACAAUACCAGGACCGAACUGAAGCAGCCUAAUGGAAUUCAGCCAUCAUUAGCCAUAUGUUAACAAACCUUAAAAUAUUCGACAUUUUAUACAUUAUUGGUAGAUUUUAACUUUUAUAGCCGGCAAGUGUCAGCUUUUCAAUUUCCAGCAUUCUCUAGUUUGCGACAAAAUGUCUUCUGUGAAAAAGGCUUAUCCAGUAUUAUUUGUUUCAGGGAUAUUCUAAAGAUGUUCAGAUUAAUAUAAACAUCAAUAUCUGAUUCAUAUGUAUCAAUUGGAUGCCAUUAAAUGGGAGAAUAUUACUUGACUGCAGCAGUCUGUAAUACAAAUUCUUUCACCAACCCAUCUGUUACUAAUAGCAUUUCUUUCAAAUGUGCUUUUGAACUGAAUUAAAUAAGAGAAAUAUAUAAGUUAUAUACAACUGUGUGAUGGGUAUGAAAAUUAGGUUGAGUAGAGUUUAUGGUUCAGACCAGCGGAGAGACUGCGCUCAUUCGAGGUAUCGAAGCCAACCGUAAAUUGCAACAAUGUCCUUCACAGCAACAAACAUACUUCUGUACUGCAGGAAUGCCUGUUUCAUUUAAUUGAGGAGAUCUUUAAGGUAAGUCCCAGGGCUGAAUUGACUGAAAAGUUCAAAACCAGCUAAGGUUAAUAUGCUUACUGUUGACAAAGUUAAAAUGGUCUUAAAUAUAAUGGGUCAAUUCACCCUAUUACAUAAAAAUAAAAUAAAACACAUUUUGUAACUUAACCUUUUGGUAUCUUGCAAUAUGGACAUUUUUGGAUUCAGCUGCCUGGGAUUUGAGAUAUUUGUAAAAUCGUAUUCUCUAAAGUAUAAAGGACUAUUGGACUAUAUUAAAGCU